UCUCUUUCAGGUGACGCAGCAGAACUUCCGCUUUCCUACUUCCGUACACAAACGCUCUGCUGAUGACGUGUACACUCCACCACCGUUAGCUAGCUUAGCUAGCUAGCUAACUUAGCCACCUCUCAGGAUUUAGGAGUUAUAAAUAAAGUUACGCUACAACGCAAGAGGAAAUAGCGCUUCAACAAAUCACGGAAGAUGGAGACGCUUUACCAUCAGACAAACAAGCAUAUCCAGGAGGUGCAAUCUCUCAUGGGACAUCUGGAGAAAACGGAUCGCCAGUCAGUACACUUGUUAGAGAAUGAACUGCAGACUAGAAUCAACCAGAUCUUCAAUCAUUUAGAACGCCUCGAGAUCCUGGCAAGCAAGGAACCACCAAACCGCCGCCAGAAUGCCAAAGUGCGAGUGGACCAGCUUAAGUAUGAUGUCCAACACCUUCGAACCGCACUGCAAAAUUUCCAGUACCGAAGCUACGCCAGAGAGGCCCAGGAGAGAGAGAGGGAGGAACUAAUGAGCCGUACCUUCACGACCAACGACGCAGAUACCUCCAUCCCCAUAGAUGAGACCCUACAGUUGAACUCCAACUUGCACAACGCACACAGAGGCAUGGAUGACCUCCUGGGCAGCGGCAGUAGCAUUCUCAAUGGUCUGAGAGAUCAAAGAUCUACACUAAAGGGGACCCAUAAGAAGAUGCUGGAUGUGGCCAACAUGUUGGGGCUGUCUAACACAGUGAUGAGACUGAUAGAAAGGCGAGCAACCCAAGAUAAGUUCAUCAUGAUUGGAGGCAUGCUGUUGACCUGCAUCUUCAUCUUCCUGGUAAUCAGAUACCUGGGCUGACCGCCAUCUAUCCACAACGUUGUGAUCAGUCGUGGACCUGUUCUGCAGCACGUUAUCCCUCAUGAUGUGAAAAGAGGAAGAAUAGAAUUUUUAACAUCCGAUUUGAAUAUAUUUUUAAUAAAUUGUGCAAAUAUAGUUCCCCCCCCCCACACCAUUUCAAUUAUUUUGAACACCUGCUAAAUGGUGAGGUUGAAGACCUUAAUUACAUUCAGUAUUUUAUUCCACUUGAAGCUACAAUAGAGCAUUGAACUGCAUCAUAGGUCUGCUGCUUUCCUCAGAUGACUAAAACAAAUCCAUAAUCAAGUCAGAUUUUUUUUAUCAAAACCACUUUAUCACUCUUGCGACUGCGCAAAUGGCAAAAAUACUGAUAGUUAUACUCAACUUGCUCUUGCUUCCACUGAAAAGUAUUUUUGUUCCUGUUAUUCUGCCUAGUUGGUUCCUAAAUAGAAAUGUAAGGUUUCAUUACGUUGCAACUCAAGAAAACACCCUGAGGAAUGUUUGGUUUUAUGUUGAUCAUGUACAUAACAACACAGCAAUAUGCAUCUGUUAUGAAAGACAAUGGAAGUAGCAAUUAACUUAAAAUCAUUAAAAAAAAAUUGUUUCCAUAUUAGCUUGGGUCUAGUCUCACUAUGGGAGUGAUUGAGUUCUAUUAAUAUAAUGAAAAAUGUUUCAUUUCCUUUGUAUGUCUAUCAAAUGACUGCUGGAAUCAGCUGUUAACAGGAGUCAACUAGAGUUGAAAUUGAGGGGCGUUAACUCAGCGGUUAUGCUUUUUCCUUUCUUUAUUUUUACUGUUUUCACAAGUCUAUUCAAGGCAACUAGGGCACCAUCUAGUGUUUCAGUUUUGACACUGACCCCUGCAAGGAUGCCAGAUUGUUCCCAAUGACGUGAUGCUGGUGUUUUCAUAUUUGACUGCUGAAUGGUUAUGUUUACUGGUGAAUUUCAUUAACCCUUUAUUGAAAAACACAGGAACUCAAGAUUUUAUUUUGCUAAAACAGUUUUUAAAAAAUACAGAGUUGCUACCGUAAAACAGACCAGUCAUUUGCCAUCCCAGCCCAUCUUAACCCAACUUAAUAAAACACACACGUGACCAUACUCAUCCAUCUUCUCAUUCUCCUUUUUCCAAUACCAAACCUCUAGAAUGUUAAUAGGUUAAUCUACAGCAGUUUUAUUUACAAAAUUACACAAAAGCAAAACACAGCCCUUCUUUUGAAGAGCAUUUUUGGAAAAUAACUUAAAAACAGAAAAAUACAUUUAUUGCAGUAUACUACAAUCUUAUUGUUACAUGAUGCAAAUGCACCAUCUUGAUGUACAGAUUUUCAGUGCAAUUUAUUCAGGUGCACCCUUGCCAAAGGGACCAUGAGCUUUGCCUCAGAGCAUCAGGGAUGUUAAAACCCUUGCAUCACAUUUCCCCUCGCUUAUGUGACAAUGUCAAAACGAUUCGGACACCAUAGCUGUAAUUUUAAAUGGUCAUCAUUGAGGAGAUUCUUCACAUUACACACUGAUAUAUGUACAAGUUACUGCAUUACAAAUUAUUUGAGAGCAUUGAUCCAGUAGAGAGCAAGUAGUCAUAAGAACAUAAACAAUAUCAGUAAAUAUGAAGUAGUCUGUCUCUGAAGGUUACAUUACAGAGUUGAAGCCGUUUGCCUACCACGUACUCCUAACAUGAUCCAGCUUAUAGCUUCGUUAAUAACAUCUCUCUUUGGCUGCCAACAUGAGCAAAAACAGAGAA